AUGAAGAAAAAUGAAAUUGAAUUUCAGGAUAAUUCUAUAUCCAUUAAGAGGUAGCCUCUUUUAGACAGAAAGAAAAGUUAGGAUAAGGAUCAGGGUCUCAGAAAAUCAAAUGUUUAUGAAGGUGGUUUGAGUUAAUUGAAAAAAUCCAUACUUGAAACUAGUUAGUUCUAAAGAAUUGAAAAACAUCCAUCUCUUCAAGAAUUCUCUGAUUCUAUGAGCUUGAUGAGUAUAUAAUAGAAAUGCCAUCAACUUGUAAAAUCCGUUCAAGAAUAAGAAGUCUAAGAAAUUUUUUUCAUUUUAGAUCAUUUUAAUACAUUAACCUCUAAGCCUAAGCUCAAAGAUAUUUAUGAUUAAAAAUAACAGACAAUUCUUCAUAUUUCAUGUUUUAAAAAUCUGCCAACUGCAGUUGAAAGAAUCUUGAUGUAUGAAAAAGAUAAUUCCACAGCUGAAGAAUUCAAUAUUUGGAUGAAUUAAAAAAAUAAGGAUUCAUUCACAGCAGUUCAUUUUGCUGCCUAUGUUGGAUCAUUAGAAACAUUAGAAAUUUUAAAGAAAUAUGCGUGUGAUUUAAAAAUAAAAAAUGAAUAGGGUCAAAAUGCACUUUCAAUAGCAGCAUAAGGAGACUAAGUUUCUGCUAUGGUUUGGCUGUAUUUGCAAGGGCUGUCUUACACUGAAUAAGAUGAGAAAGGGGGAACUCCAUUGCAUUGGGCUACUUAUUAUGGUAGUGAGUUUGCUGUUCAAUUUUUGUUGAGUUGGUUACAAAAGUCUAAGGAAGGGAAGAAAAUUAUAAACCAACAAGAUACUGAGGGAAUGACACCUCUGCAUUUGGCGGCAAUGACAGGAAAUUAAAGAAUUGUUAAAAAACUACUCUAUAAAGGGAGUUCAAAAACCAUUAGAGACAAUAGAAAUUAAACUCCAGCGUAAACAGCAUUAGAAAAUGAAUACGAAAUAAUCUAUAAAAUUUUGGAAACAAAUAAUUGUCUAUUUGAAUUUUUAAAUAUCCGAACAAGUUAUAAACCAGCCUCAAUCAGUUGGAAUUAGAUAUGUUCAUUUUUUUUUAUUUAUUUCUAUUGCAUGAUUGGAUCCGUGAUUUUCGUAUAUCCAUUUUUCCAUGCUGAUGCUUGGUUAUAAUAUUUAUCCAUAGCUUCAUUUUUGAUUGGACUCGUCUUUUAUUUUUUGACUAUGUUCAUUAGUCCAGGAUAUGUAGAAAGAAAUGAUGAUUCAAGAAAACUAUUUUCACUUCUCACCUAAUAUGAACCUUGGGAACUAUGUCCAGAAUGCUAGAUACAUAAACCAUUAAGAUCUAGACAUUGUGAGUUUUGUUCAAGAUGUGUUAUAGUUUAUGAUCAUCAUUGUCCAUGGUUACAUAAUUGUAUAGGAGCUAAAAAUUAUCCAUAUUUUAUUUGUUUCAUUUUGACAAUAUUUGUAAACUUAAUUCAUCUGAUCAUAUUGAAUGCUAUAUUCUUGAUAGAUGAUUAUCCUAAUCCCUUGCAUAAUCCUCAUUAUCCAUGGUUCAAUAAUGUCUCUAAUCUAAAGGCACUUGAUAUCUCCAAGAAAUUUGUGCAAUUAACUAUAUUAAUUCUAUGUUUACUCUUUCUAUUCCCCUUGGCAUAUUUGAUCUAUGUUUAAAUGGACAACUUAUUCAGAAACAUAACUACUUUCGAGAAAUAUAGAUAGGAAGAAUAGUCAAAUGUUUAAGGUUCAAAGGAUAAGAAAAGUCAAUAAACUAUAUAGUAAAUAUCCUUCUAAUUUUAGAUCUACUUCAUCUAUUAGAUCAUCAGUAUCACACAAUUUAUCGUGUUCAAAUUGCUUAGAAAUGUGUUGCAACAAUUCAAGAAAUACUUCAUAUCAAAUAUGACACAUUUAAAUAUUUAUAAUAAUUUGAAUUUUAUUCUAUCAAAUUUUAUAUGA